AUGAUGCUAAGAGAUUCUGAGGCGUCCUGCGGCGCGCGAGAUGGCCCCGCCCUGGCCCGGCGGUUCGGCGCGACCCCGUUAACUCGAACCGGCGCGGGGAGCGCGACCCCCGGAGCGCUGCGCCUCGAGCUGGGCCUCGCGGCGGGGCGCUCGAGGGCGGCCCGAGGUGCUCGAGGAGCAGCCCCGGGGAGCCUCCGAGGCCGAGGCGCCUCUCGGGCCGCCGGUCGCAGGCGCUGCAGACAGCAGGUGGUAGGAGGCUCCAGCGUUUUAUUUAUGGCUGCGGCCGACGCUGCCAUCCCGCGCGCGGUGGGGCGCCUCCGCGGCCGCUGCCGCUCCACACCGCCCUCCCUGCCCUCCCUGCCCGCCGCCUCGCCCUGCCCUCCCUGCCCUCCCUGCCCGCCCUGCCCGCUCGCCUCGCCCCUGCCCUCGCCCCUCCCUGCCCCUGGCGCCCUGUCCGCCCUCGCGCCCUCCCUGCCAGCCUGCGCCUUCGCUCGCCCGACGCACGACCUGUCCUCGUGCCCUGCCCUCGCCUCCCCUGCCCUCGUGCCCUGCCCUCGGUCCUGCCCUCGUGCCCUGCCUCCCUGCCCUCGCCCUCCCUACCCUUGCCCUCCUGCCCUCGGCCCCUGCCCUCACCCUGCCCCUGCCUAG